AUGGAUUCCUACGAUGGUUAUGGAUCCCCCGGAAGGAGCCGUGAGUCGGACUCUUUCACGGGACGGUCAAUGGGAGAAUCAUACAGACGUCGGUCACCUGCCUCUCAAGAUCGACGACGUGCACGGCCGCGCUCCCGCUCGCCCGUGAUUGACCGGUACGAGCCUUCGGAGCGUCGUUCUCACCGCGACGACUUUUACAACACCUCUCGGGAGCAUGCUGCGCGAGAACGCGAGGACCGUCGACGUGCUCCCUCGCCAACUGUGGCAAACAUCGACCGCUAUGUUCCCGGACAAGAGAGCAGUGGCGGUGGCAAGCGUCCUAUUCCGACCAACCCUAUGCCCAACCCCCUCACACUCGAUUUCCAGGUCGGAUUCAAUUGGUUUGCUGAGUGGUGGAGAUUGGAGGAGUCUGUGAAUGAGGAGAAAGAGCGCGCUAAGAACGGCGGUCGUCGAGUCAAGGGAGAACGCGAAGCGCGCGAAGAUCGCGAGAAGGAACGCGCGCAAAUCCAGGCAGCUUAUGAUACAUACAAGGUUGAUCUGCAAAUUCGACUGGCCAGACUGUUCGUCCAACAGCACCGGAACGAGGAGUGGUUCAAAGAACGCUAUGUCCCUGAAGUCAGAGACCCUCUUCGCGCCCGCCUCAUGGCGGUUCGACAAGGUGCAUAUGAACAAUGGGAGCAUGAUAUUGAAAACCACCUUUUCAAAGACUUUACCCUUGAAGGCAUAUACAAGAGCGAAAGCGACGGUGCCGGUGGUGUGGUUGAAAAGGAGGAAGGCGAGACUACGGCUGCCGCCGAGACCAUGGGAGUGCUUGACCUGCUUCCUGUCCGUGGUGGUGACCUUCGUGAUGAAGCUCUUUCACAGCCCGCGCUCCUUAUAAAAACCCUUGCGCCAAAUGUCAGCCGCAGCAAGAUCGAAGAGUUUUGCAAGGAGCAUCUUGGCGAGGAAGAUGGAGGUUUCAAGGGACUCAGCCUCAGUGACCCGAACCCCUCCAAGAAAUUCCAUCGUAUGGGAUGGAUCAUGCUGCAUCCUUCCGCAAACACCAGCACAGUGGAGCGGGGAGAUGGACGCGAUGAAGAGUUCGAGAAUAUGGACCACGAUGGAGGUGCCAACGGUGGUGUCACAGUCAGCCCAGCUGAGAAAGCCCUCGAGGCUGUUAAUGACAAGACUAUCCAUGAUCCCGUCCACGGUGAUUUCGUUUGCCACGUUGGAGUCCAUGUUCCCCCUGCUCAGCCGCGCAAGAAGGCCCUCUGGGAUCUCUUCUCAGCUCCUGAGAGAAUUGAUCGUGAUCUCGAACUGGCUAAACGUUUAACUUCCAAGUUGGACUCCGAGAUGGGUGCCAAUGUGGAUGGUCUCGCCAAGAUCGAAGAUGUGAAGAAACAGAGAAACGGAUAUAGUGAUGAAGGGGACGAAGGGGAGAUUGAGGAAGGCGAAGAAAAGGAAAUUGCCGAAGAAGAUGAUGUGGAUGACGAGGAACUUGCAGUUAAGAAGAAGAAGCUAGACCUGGUUGUUGAAUACCUGCGCCGGGUCUACAACUUCUGCUUCUUCUGUGUCUUUGAAAGUGACUCGGUCCACGAGCUUGGCCGCAAGUGCCCUGGUGGACACCUUCGCCGUCCACGUACUGGACUAUCCAGCCAGGCCAAGGAAGUGGCCCGAGCCAGCGCUCUUGGCCAGCCUUUCCCGGCCAAGAAAAAGGAACCUAGCGAGGAAGGAGAAGAUCCCUCCUCGCCUGUCCAGGAGAAACGCGGACAGCGCCAUGGUUCCAAGUCCGAGCAGCAACUGCAGCGUGCCUUUAACUGGGUGAAGACCUUUGAAGACAAGUUGCUGCAGAUCCUGGAGCCAGAGAACGUCGAUCUCAGCAAGCUCGGCGGCAAACCCGUUGAGCAGGCACUUGAGGAUGAACUUCAGAAGUACAUGAAGCAGGAGGACGACUCCAAGUACCGGUGCAAGGUGCCUGAGUGUACCAAGCUUUUCAAGGCGGAAGCCUUUUGGCGGAAGCAUGUUGAAAAGCGCCAUACAGAGUGGUUUGAUGGUAUCAAGAAGGAUCUCGCAUUAGUGAACGCCUAUGUCUUGGACCCAGCACGCAUUGCCCCGUCCCGAUCGGAUGCCAACAGCAACGGUCACUUCCCUCUUGGCUCCGGACAAGGCCACACCGGCACGCCUCGUGGAUUCACCCUUGCCAGCAUGCCCUACGGCCCCAGUGCAAACAUGCCUACCUUCCCUUCAGGUGGGAUGCCUGGCAUGAUGCACGGCUGGAGUGGCAACGUAAUGGGACACGAUGGCGGUCUGCAUCAGCCCGGACCCAUGCGCCGCGGGCAGAACCGCAACAACCGACCCGGCCCGUAUGACCGCAUGUAUGGCGGUGGUCGUCUCCCGCCUCCUGGUGUCAGCGUUCCAGCUGGCCACCCCGCAGCCAGCAUGGCUGCCGCAAACCCAUUCCCAGACUCUUCUAGUGGAGGUCCCAUGGCGCCGCGCGAAGCUGUCCAGGGCCGCAGUCUGAAGAGCUACGAGGAUCUGGAUGCCGUCGACGCAUCUGGCAGUGGCGAGCUGCAGUACUAG